CUUGAUGAGGUCCGUUUAAUCUUCGUCCCAUUUGCAACCUAUACUCUCUCUCUUCUCUCCAUAAAAGCCAUCUUCUACGCUUCACUCUUGCUACUAGCUAGAAUCGUAGAGAUAAAGAGAGAGUAUCGGAGACCCCCAAAAUGAAAUCGUGUUGUCCGGAAAACUUGCCGUACAAUCAGAGAAAGGCGAUCGAUGAGCUGAUUAGAGAUAAGCUGAUUAGAGGUCGCGAAUUUGCUAACCAGCUCAAAGUUAUCUUUAGCGACUCUAUAGGAGAUGGAUCUGCGCGCGCAGAGGAUCUCGUUGUGAAGGUCGUGAAUACUUUCACGAGUACUCUUUCUAUAUUGAAUGGAGUUGAAUCUGAUGAGGUAUCGCAAUUUCCGGCGAGUAUUCACGUAGGUUCGCCUUGUUAUGAUGGCCGGAAGUCUGAAGAUUCCGGUGAGAGUAUUAGAAGUACCUCAAAAAUGAGAGAUCGGAGAGAAUGCUAUAAGAGAAGAAAGGCUUCCCACUCAUGGAUAAAAGACAGUCCUGAUCUACAAGAUGAUGGUCAUGCAUGGAGAAAAUAUGGCCAGAAAGUGAUCCUGAAUGCUAAAUUUCCAAGGAACUAUUUCAGGUGCACUCACAAGUUUGAUCAAGGCUGCCAAGCAACGAAACAAGUUCAAAGAAUUGAAGAGGAACCUCCAAUGUACCGAACAACUUACUCCGGCCACCACACAUGCAAGAACUUGCUCAGGGCUUCUCAACUUAUGCUGGAUGUUCCUGGUGUUACAGAUUCUUCCAUUCUUUUAAGCUUUAACGAUAAUGGCCAUGGUCACCACCACGACAACAUCACAAACAUUUGUGAUUCUCCCUUUUUAUCAUCCUUCCAAUCAAUAAAACACCAUAUUUCUCACAAUGAAUCAUAUUCUUCCCAUCAUUAUCUUGUCUCUCCUGAUGAUCAUUUGUCCAAGCUUGAUCUUGAAGAUGUGAUAUGUGGGGUGCACUCGUCUUGCACAAACAAUAGCUCAAUUACCCAUCAGAGUUCGGGCGUGGAUAUGAUUGUGACAUCAGUCGAUAGUCACCUUGAUGAAGUAUUAGCUUAUUUCGAUAGCUAGCUGUAUGGGAUACUAUUUUACCUUUUAGUUUUGAAAUAAAUUUCCAUGUAAAACUAGUUUAAUUAUCAAGUCCAUUUAGUUUCUUAAUUAGAUUAAGAUGUGUGCUUGUAAACUAAAACCUCUUUACAGGUUAGUGUAAAGCAUAACCUGUGAGUAAUAAAAAAAUUUAUUUCAUGCGAAUGUUUAUGUA